AUGCCACCACUGCGCUCUGCCGGCUCGCCGCCGCCAGCGGGGGGCAAGCUCCCCGUGGCGUCGGACCUGGACCAAAUCUUCAACCGCAUCUCGAUGGGCAUGGCCAAGCACCAGCGCAUCCUCGAGACGCUGCACCAGGGCCGCAGCACCGCUCCGCCCGCCGCAGUAGCAACAGCACCACCUAUCGUCGCCAGCGACGAGAAUGAGAAAGAGCAGAAACGGGGCUUCUCGUCGCUCGCCGCCAAGGCUUCUUCUUCACUUGGCCCGCCGCCGCCGCAGCAGCAGCAGCAGCAGCGGUCGGCCAAGCCGUCAUUGUCCACGACCGCCGCAGCCGCAGCCGAAGACAUGGAUCUCAACCCGUUCUACGCGGCGCCGCCCAACGCCGGCAUCGGAUGGGUGCCGCCGGGGCUGUCGUCGUCAUCGACAGCGGCAGUUGCAGGGAGCGGCGGCGACGACCGGCUGCUGCGGGCGCGGCUGCAGCUCGGGCGGCGCGUUGAGGGCCGGUCUGCGGCCGCGCAGAAGGCAGAGCGCGGCAAGAAGCGCGGUCACGGCGCCGCCGGGAAUCAUGGCAGCGAGGAGGAAGAGGAGCUCGGCCGCAGCGCCGUGGGGCGGUCCAAAGCCAGGGCGCCCAAGAGGCCGCGCACGACGGGUAUGGCGGCGCCCGGCGAGGCCAAUGGGGAGGUGGAUGGGGGGAGGAGGGGACGCAGCGGGGACGCGGCGACUGCGCCAGAGGCUGGCAGUGGUGGUAGUGUGGUGCUGGUGGCGAAGAAAGCGGCGGGAGGGGACGCUGCUCAGCCGGCUCCGGAAAAGAAGGGGGAGGAAUAUGAGGCGGCAACGGAGAGGGAAUAUGGAGCAGUGCCUCCGGUUCUAGGAGAUGAAGGGGCAGAACGAACGUUGAACAAGAAGGCGAAGAAGAAGAAAAAGAAGAACAAGAAAAAGGGCACUACGGCUGCUGCUGCUGCUGCUCCCUGA